GCCUUGAACUGAAAUAUGUCUUCCGCAGUUAACCCAACCCCUCUGAAUCAGAGAGGUUCGGGGGGCUGCCUUAAUUCACAUCCACGUCUUGCGUCACCCAGGGAACAGUGGGUUAACUGCCUUGUUCAGGGGCAGGACGACAGAUUUUUACCUUGUUAGCUCGGUGAUUCGAUCCAGAGCGUUUCUGGUCCAAUGCUCUAACCACUAGGCUACCCAUCCAGGCAUUGUGCUAAUGCUAGUCAGCGUUGGCUUACUAAACUACCUCUAACCUCGUUCGUAAUGGGCACAGAGACAUAAAAUGUGUAUCCACAAGUUCAUCUGACUCUGGGGAAGUAGAUAAAGGGCCUCAUUGCUCAAAUACUGAAGUAUCCCUUUAAUAUCAGCCACAGCGCAAUGGUCUUUGGCAGUAGACUGUAGAGAAAAUAUUAGAUUAGAAUAUUAGUCUCUGCGCAGGCAAGAAUGUUGACAUGCCUUGAUUGUUGUGCACACUAUCAAAAACAUUGGUGUUCUGGUUGCAGCUUGGAAUAAGCACUGCUGUACAAAUAUUGACCUAGACUAAAUUAUAACUGUUUGACAAAAAAUUAUACUGGUAUAUUUGAUCUCUGGGUUAUGUUGUUGGCAUGUUAUGACAUGUUACACUUUGAGUGUUGGACUACUGAGUUGUUAUGCCAUUUUCUCCCCCAUAUCACUCCGGACCAACCUGAAUGGAAUUGUGGAUGGAAUCUGGAUGUGCUGUAUAUGACCUGUCAUGGGUGAAUCGCCAUGACGACAGAACCAAAUUCAGAGUCUAGCGCGGACCAGCAGGAGGUCAGUGCGGCUCCGCCACUGGAGGCGGACUCUUUUCCCCCGGCUGCCGCCCACAGCACGCCUGUCAGGAAAGAGCAGAACGGCGACGAGAGAGCAGAGGGAGGCGUGGUCCCACAGGGGAAUCAGCUGGAGCCAUCGCAGGCGGAGGAGGACAGGACCUCGUACAGGUCGUCCACCAGUAAGCUGUCCAGGUCUCCCGGUGGAGGACGGAGUGUCCGCAGCGCCAGGAACAUGCAGUGCAAGGUCACCCUGCUUGAUGGCUCCGCCUACACGUGCAUGGUGGAGAAACGGGAGAGAGGCCAUGUGUUAUUUGACAAAGUGUGUGAGCAGCUCAACCUCCUGGAAAAGGACUACUUUGGCAUCACAUUCCGGGACAUCGAAAACCAAAAGAACUGGUUAGACCAAUCCAAGGAGAUGAAGAAACAGAUCAGAGGAGCCGCCUGGAAUUUUUCAUUCAAUGUGAAGUUCUACCCUCCAGACCCUGCCCAGCUGUCUGAGGAUAUUACAAGAUAUUACCUGUGCCUCCAGUUGAGGGAUGACGUGGUGUCUGGGCGUCUGCCAUGCUCUUUCGCCACCCACACGGUGCUGGGAUCCUACACGGUUCAAUCAGAGUUGGGGGACUACGAUCUCGAGGAGUCUGGGACGGACUACGUCAACGAGUUCCGUUUCGCCCCCAACCAGACCAAGGAGCUGGAGGAGAAGGUCAUGGACCUGCACAAGAACUACAAAGGAAUGACGCCAGCUGACGCUGAGAUGCACUUCCUGGAAAACGUGAAGAAGCUGUCCAUGUACGGAGUUGACCUGCACCAUGCCAAGUUGGUAGGAAGCCUGUUUGAGUGCUUGUCUCCAGCUAAGGGCGAGGAUUCUGAGGGUGUUGAGAUCAUGUUGGGCGUGUGCUCUAGCGGUCUUCUGAUCUACCGUGACCGCCUGCGCAUCAACAGGUUCGCCUGGCCCAAGGUCCUCAAGAUCUCCUAUAAAAGGAAUAAUUUCUACAUCAAAAUACGCCCCGGAGAGUUUGAGCAGUUUGAAAGCACCAUCGGGUUCAAGCUCCCCAACCAUCGGGCGGCCAAGAGACUAUGGAAAGUCUGCGUGGAGCACCACACCUUUUUCAGGUUGGUGUCUCCAGAAACUCCCCCCAAGAAGUUCCUAAAUCUGGGCUCUAAGUUCCGAUACAGUGGGAGAACCCAGGCCCAGACGCGACGAGCCAGCUCCCAGAUCGUCCGUCCGGCGCCCCGCUUCGAGCGCUCCACCAGCAAGCGCUACAUCAUGUCGCGCAGCCUGGACGGAGCUCCGCAGAGUACACCCAAAAGGAGUUCACCCAAAAGGAGUUCACCCAAUAGGAGUUCACCCAAUAGGAGUUCACCCAAAAGGAGUUCACCCAAUAGGAGUUCACCCAAUAGGAGUUCACCCAAUAGGAGUUCACCCAAAAGGAGUUCACCCAAAAGGAGUUCACCCGAAAGGAGUUCACCCAAAAGGAGUUCACCCAAAAGGAAUACCCCCCAGUCUGUAUCCCCGAGAAUUGAACCACCUGCUAGUUUUAACAUCGCUAAACCAACAGAGAUGGGCUCGGACCUAUACGGAAGGGCGAAGGGCAUCGCCAUGAGCGACCUCAUCACCACCGUGACACCGGAGAAAAGGGUGGAGGAGAGGAAGGCAGAGGAAGAGGUGGAAGUAAAGGUGGAGGUAGAGGUGGAAGUAGAGGUGGAAGUAGAGGUGGAGGUGGAGGAGGUGGAGGAGGAUGAGACCACGAAAGCCACCGAGAUCUCUCUACCAAGUCCAACCUCUCCCAUUCGACACGACACCAAGACUGAACUGACUGACACUGGUGUCGAUGGUGAACUGACAGCCACGGAGUCGGACCAGGAGGAUGAGUCCGAGUUAAAGACACAGGACACAGUGGGCACGCCGGAGGAGCUGUUGAAACACACGACCAACAUCAGUGAGCUCAAGAGAUCGUUCCUGGAGACGGGUGCCGACUCGGCUGGCCUUACCGAAUGGGAGAAGAGGCUGUCAUCGUCCCCCCUGCGCUCGCCGCGCCUCGACGAGGCCCCCAUGAUCGAACCCCUGGAACUCGACGAGGUACCGAGCCAAGAGGAUGAGGGAGAGGAUGAGAGAGAGAGAGCCAUGGCUGCAGGCGGUAGCGUUGAGGAGGACAUCACGCACAGCCCUGUGGAUACUAAGACUACUGUGGACUCUGACGGGUGGGUAAUAGUAAGCAAAGUCCCUCCUAAGGUAGCCGAAAAGAGAAACAUUGUCAACUAUAAAGUUAUGGCCGUCGAUAACACUGUGGCUGAAGGAGCGCUCGGCGGCGCCAGUGGUGUCGUUGUCAUCAAGGAGUUUGGCAAACCAUACGAGAGCUUCAGCAGUGAACUAGCGUCCAAGGCCGAGGAGAUGGAGGAGAAGACCUACACCCUGGGCAAAUCCUACGACACCAUGUCAGGCAAGAUCGUCACCAUGACGACGCAGGCCAAAGAUGGCGGGGAGGCGGCGGUAGCCGUUCCUGCGGUGUUCGCCAGGGAGCUGAAGAGGGCAGCAGACCAAUCCACCACCACUGUGAAGAUCAUCCCAGUGUCGACUGAGUACGAGAUGCCAGUGUCGGUCCACUUGAGUCUCCCGACCAUAGAGGGAAUCGGACCACCAAUGAUCACCAUCCAGGAGGCAAGGACCCCCUCUCCAUCUGAGGGAAUGGGACCCUCCAUGAUCACCAUCCAGGAGGCAAGGACCCCCUCUCCAUCUGAGGGAAUAGGACCCUCCAUGAUCACCAUCCAGGAGGCCAGGACCCCCUCUCCAUCCGAGCCCAGCGACGGUGGCCUGGGCGCCAUGCGGACCGUAGUGUCCAUCCGCUCCAGCCAGGACAUCAGUGAUGCCGCGAGAGCGGACAGCAGGAAGCAGCUACGGGAGACUUUUCUUCUGGGAGACAGGAGCACCACCCCUGUUGCGCCUCACACACCCCUCUCUCCACGGUCCCCAAUGGCCAAGUCCCCAAUGGCCAAGUCCCCAAUGGCCAAGUCCCCAAUGAAGAUGCCCAAGCCUCAAAUGGUCGAUCUGCGUCUGAGCCCCAGCCCUGUGUCCUAUCUUUCCAGAACCCCAUCGCCCUCCAAAGUGCCAAAGCCAACCUUUGAGGAGAUGUCCCCGGAGCUCACCGCUCUCUUACAGUCGGCCAGAGAUCAGACCAGCACGCGGGUCUGGACUGCUUCGCCUGCCUUUAGUCAGACCGUGUUUAAGACAACAGAGAAGGUGGAGCGGAUCGUGCUGCAGACAGAGGUGGUAUCUUCCCAACAAGAAAAGGACCAGGACCAGCCUGAGUUGAAGUUGGCACAGCCAGAACAGUCUGACCACCAGCCUGACAACAUGGAGAACCAGGCAGAGCAUCAGACUGAGCAGUUGUCUGUGCUGGAGGCUCCAGAGGUCCUGACCUUCAACAGGGCAGACGUGGUCGAUGUGACCCAGCAGGUCCCUGUAAUACACACGGAAAUGAAAACUGUCACAUACCAGUCACUAGAGGCUGACGCUGAUCCCGAGGCGGGGGUGUUGAUGAGCGCCCAGACCAUCACCUCAGACACCACCAGCACCACCACAACCACACAUAUCACCAAGACUGUGAAAGGCGGCAUCUCAGAAACCAGGAUCGAGAAGAGAAUCGUAAUCUCGGGUGAUGCAGACAUUGACCAUGACGAGGCCUUGGCUCAGGCCAUAAAGGAGGCCAAAAAGCAGCACCCUGACAUGUCAGUGACCAAAGUAGUGGUCCACAAAGAGACUGAGAUCACGCCCGAGGAGGGCGAAGAGUGACCGCAGGUGUGAUGGGUCACCGGGUUCACCAACGUUUCGGGAGCAUUCUGUUAACGUUACUUCACGCUGUUCAGAGUACGGGACGCAAGCAGGAUAGUGGCGUUGCCAACAGACAGCACCCCACUGUAGCAGACACUAAUACUGCAUCCAACCACUACUGAACUAACCUCAUCCACCCACACUCCCUCACUCACUCACUCACCAUCACUACUGGUAAACACAGACCUCCAAAGCUACCUUCAUAGGAACAUGUAUACUGCAUGAAAAGGGAACCAUUCUGCAUUUUUGUAAAAGAAAAAAUAACAAUAUAUCAAAAGUUCUACAUGUUUUACUUGACCUGUAAAGUCAGACUCAAAGGUUUAAGAAUGUAUGUAAUGAGAGUUAAGAUAGUAUAGAUCAUUAUGUUGUAUUUAUUAUCAAACUACUCACUUGGAAACAUGUAUAAUAGUAGGCUAUGAUGGCACAAUAUUUAUCCACGCAAUAGAUGUGGCAUUCAUCUUGUCAGAAGCCCCCUUAUUUAUCCCAAAUGCUGAUUUUAUCCAAUUUUACAAAGAGCAUUCCCUUUAAAAAGACAACAAUAAUAUCUAUGGUACUGGUACAUGCAUUUGCUUAGUAGGUCAUUCAUCCUCAAAGAUGAUUUUGUUGUUUUUACUUGUAAAUAUGCUUAUUUGGUUUUCAUUAAUUACAAGGUGAGGAUGAGGAUGAUGAGGCAAAAUAUUGUAGAAGCGUUUGUUAGCAGGAAAAGUUCAACAGACUCCAUUACUGUGACCUCUGAGGUGAUUAAGAAACUCCUUAUUAUACAGUAUGUGUCUUCACACUGUGGAUUAUACUUUCUUGUUGGCUUGUAUCUGAAAUUAUACCCUAUUCCAUAUGGGCUCUGGUCAAAAGUAGUGUACUAUAUAGGGAAUAUGUUGCAAUUUUAGAUACAUAUUUGUUUAGACACAUUCUUAAAGGAAAACUCCACCCAAAAACAAUAUUUCUGUAUUUGUUUCAUUAGUCCAUUGUUGACACAGUCUCAACAUGUUUUGCUUGUCAGCAAUCAAGUUUUCAAGAUAUGUAACUUUGAAAAUACAGAAAUCAUCCCUGUAUGAAACAUUUUGCAUCAUAUUCAAUUUUUUUUAAAUGUUACCUUUAUUUAACUAGGCAAGUCAGUUAAGAACACAUUCUUAUUUUCAAUGACGGCCUGGGAACAGUGGGUUAACUGCCUGUUCAGGGGCAGAACAACAGAUUUGUACCUUGUCAGCUCGGGGUUUUGAACUCACAACCUUCCGGUGACUAGUCCAACGCUCUAACCACUAGGCUACGCUGCAGCCCCUAUGAUGCUGCGUUUUGCGUCACAGGGUGCAAAAGGCAUCAUACAGGGAUUAUUUCUGUAUUUUGAAAGUUACAUAUCUUGAAAACUUGAUUUUUGACAAGCAAAACAUUUUGGGACUAUGUCAACAAUGGACUAAUAAAAUUUAAAAAAUGUUGUUUUUUUUGAGGGGGGGGGGGGAUUUUCCUUUAAGUCCUACCCAGAAUCCUCCUCAUCCCUGUGUGGCACAUCCAAGCCUUAAAACUGUGCAGAAUGGGCAGACAACAACCUCAAGUACAAGCCUGCAGUGUGUGUUUGUGUGCUUGGUUUCUCCCACACAGAGGCAUCAUGCCCAAUCGAACUUGAGCUGGCACUAUCGGGUGGCACAUGCCCCCCUCAAUAUCAUCCACUGGGAUGAGAAUACAUAAUUAGCAGUGUCUUAUAGAAUGAAUAUUAAGACAUUAUAUAUAUAUAUUCGGUCAUCAGUGACCCCUCAGAGAUAUUGGGAUCAUGAUGCCUCUGAUCCCACUUCUUCAAAUCAUCAGCUGUGAAAACCGUCCUUGUUGAAUGUGUUUCCCACAAGAUAAAUAAAUGGAUAAAUACAG